ACGAACGAUCGAUCGUGUUGCUCGAAGUAUUGGGUUUAUGGCGGGAUUUUCAAGAUCAGAGUGCGAUGGAGUAAGGGUUGUUUCUUUUUCUUAGUGAAAUUGCAAGUCGAGGUAAAAAAUGAGUUGGGCUAAAGAGGAGUGGAAGCAAGAGCUUUCGGCGAACGCUUUAAACAAAGUCUACGAUCUCGAGCAACGAUGCGAGACACUACAGAAGGAAGGGAAACAAAGACAAUUCCAACUGGACAGUUUGCAAGCCGCGAUCGCGAAGCAAAAGAAAUUAACAGAGGAAGAAAAAGCGAAUAAUUCAACUCUUAAGAAGGAAAACCAUUCUUUGAGUGAAUCCAUACAAGAACUGGAGCGAAAUCGCGACAAGAUUCUGCAUGAUUUAAACGCCAAGGAAGGACAGAUACGUUGCCUCGAUGGUAAACUUGCUCGAUGUCAGCAGCUUUUAGAUAAUGAAACCGCCAAAGGAGCGCAGCUUAGAAAUGACAUGGACCAUUUACAGUACGAACAUAAUCAGGUUAUUGGUAAAUUGGAGAAGCAGAGUGCUGAUUACACAAAGUCGAAGGAAGCCAAUAACUUACUUCAAAAACAGCUUGCAGGUAGGCCGAUCGAACAAUAAAUUGAUCAGUCGACAUGUCUUGUAUAUUGUCUCAUGGCUCAGAUUUCUUCAUAAAUGUAGAACCUUUUCUUGGCUAUCUUCAUAGCAUUUGAUGGCUUAACGAAAUGUCUUUUUAAGUUAUUAAACAUCUAUGUCCUGGCAGGAGCUGCAGUUCUUUCACUCUCAGAUUGUUAAUCAUGGCCAAAGAUUCCCGCCAUAUAAUAUUCAUUUGUAUCUUACAUGUUGUAGCUUUUGUCAAGGUGAUUGUUGAGCGUGGUCCUCAGAUUUUUCAGUGAAUCACAUGCAGUUCAUUAUCAAGAGGAAAAGCCUGUAACAGCAAUCUAUUUCAGUUUUGUAGUCUUUUGAUUGCCUGUUGAAAGGGGAAAUCUAUUAAUGUGACCUAUAAACUGGUCUAUUCUAGAAUGACCUUUAUAAUUUGAAGUUGUAUGUAAAUUUAUCAUAACUUCAUACCAACUUCAACGACAUUACUUUUGCCGGGAAUUCCUUCGUAUUUACAGUAGGCAAAAACAUUGUUACAACACGAUCGUCAAAUGGACUACUUCAGAGAACAAAAGCAUUUGCACCCCUCCCCUCUCUCCUCUGUUCAAAGUUGGGGGGUCUUGUAAAGUUUCUUACUGGUAGAUCAUACACUGGCUCAACAUUGCAUGGAGGGAUAGGGUAGGGAAAGCUUCAUUUUCCCCUUUUUAAGUCAGAAAAAUGUCACCUAUCGCAGCUUAUUGUGGUUCAGUGGUUGUUUGUUUUAUUGUUCAUACAGUCAAACUCCAUUAAUACAGACACUGAGGGGGCCAGAGAAAGUGACGAUUAACAGGGGUGUUCAUAUUAAGCAGGUCAUGUCAUAUAAAUAAAAAAUAUACCUUUUAUUUGAACAAAAUCCCAUAAAAAUAAACAGAACAUUAGCAUCAUCUAAUUAAACAUAAUUAUAUCCAACUGUCACACAAGUCAUCAUUCCCCAGACUAUGUCCACAGACCAUCUAGACAAAAUGUGAGGGCUUUCCGCAGGGACAAGAAAAACUGUCUGUUAUAACAAGUGUCCGUAUUAAGCAGGUGUUCGUAAAGCGGGUUUCGACUGUACAACAAUUAUUGUUCCCCAUCUUUCAUUUUCCAGUUGCCUAGGGGUACAUUCUUCUGGUGUGAAACUAAUGCAUUGACCUCAAUAAUAGUGUUAUAAUGUAAAAGAAAGGAAGUUCACUGUUGGAUUUGUGAACAUAAUUGACUGGUUUAGAGUAUUUACUGUUUUUCACUUACUGGAACAAGUAUAAACCUUUUGGGAGAAUCUGCAUUUAAUUUCUUACACAAGAAAGUGAUAAACAAUUGCUGUUUUCUUCAUCUACAAAGGACACAAAGAGCGUGUAAGGAUGCUAGAAAAUCACCUAAAAUCCCUUGGAGAAGAACCCAACUCAAGAGCCAAGAAAAGCUCGUCGGGAUCCGACUCUGAAAUGGAUUGGCAGUCUGGUGUAGAGGUGAAACUGAAGGAGGCUGAAGCGAGUCUGCAGCAAGAAAAAGAAAGAAGACUGAAGAUUGAAAGUGAACUUAAUGAGCUCAAGGCAGUUGCUGCUAAAGCUAAUAAAAAUGAGGUGGAGUAAUAAACUUUGCUUUAAGUUUUGAUGUAGAUAGAGGGAUAGGUACAGAGUAGAAUGAGCCAGGGAAAAAGGCAGGGAAAAAACAGCAACAGAUUUUUUUUUCUUUUGUAUGUUUUGCUGUCCACUUUGUGUUCUUCUUUAAUGUCUGAACAGGCUAAAUUUUUCCAUGAGGUGUCUUAACCUCAAGAAGUUAUAUCGAAGUUAUACCCUGAAGUCUCUACUAGAGAGAUGUGGGUCAUAGUAUUUUUAGUUUCAUAUUACCAGUUUAAAUGCUAUCUUACUGUUAAAGAGUUUGAAGAGCUGGUAUCAUCUCAGUGCUUUGAUUUAAGAAGGGUUUAGUGUCUUGGAACUUUGAAAUUCUGGGUACCCAGCAGUUAAGUUCACUGAAGAAGGGUGCAAAGAAAGUCAGUUUUACAGAUUGCCAUUUGGAUCAACUGUAGCUAGCAUGUACUAGCCCAACAGUCAUUUUAACUACCCCAAAAAAAUUUUUUUGAUAAGCGGGAUUGACCACAGUUCUGUAAAUUUUGAAUUCUGCAAAAAACUUAACUUGCUCAUCAGGCAAAAAAAACAGAAUUCACUAGCCCAAUAGCAAAAUCCACUAGCACCGGGCUAUGGGACAGGCCCUUCUUUGCACACUGUGAAUGCUUAAAUAAUGAAAUAAGCUUUCCAGUCACAAGCUAGUAGCCUGGGGCCAGUGUCAUAAAUCUAAUGAGUUUUAGUGCAACACAGCAUCACAACAUUGUUGCAAAAUCACCCUAAGCCCCAAGAUCAACAUACAAAUUCUCCAGACUGGCCUCCAUACUUUUCUUGAAAAAUUGCUUGAGAGACUUUGAUAAAAGAUCAAAGCUUAUUAUUUUCUUUGGUAAUCAUUUUAUUAAUCCUCAUAACCUUUCUUCUUGAUGAAAUACUGAUUUUAGCAGAAAAUUGAUGUUAUGAAAAAGGUUUUUCACCUGCUCUGGCAAAGACAUUUAGAACGGAAAAUUCCAAAACUCAGAGCAAGAAUUAAGAAAAAGUAACGAAUGUUUCUAUAUUUUUCUUUUAUGCAACCUGUCAGUUUACAACGCUGAUGAAGUCUGAGUGAUUCGGACAAAAUAUUUGUUUCUUUUUCUUAGUUUUUGCUCUGAGGGUUGAGUGUUGGAAUUUUCUGUUCUAAAAAUCAAUGUUGGUCACUCUUGGUUUUAAAAUUUUUAAUCACUCACUGUUUGUUCUUUGUGAAAACACACUGUUAGGACCCUGUCACCUCUGUAUCAGAAACAAAAGUACCUCAUGUGGAUCAUCAAAAUGAGCUUCAGUCAGAACAUGAUCAGUUGCAAGCUAAAAUCAAGGAGCUGUCCUGUGCUACUGAAAAAUUAGCCCAGAAAGAUGCUGAACUGCAACAGAAGGUCAAAGAGCUGAAUAACAUGUCAGAAAUCUUGCAGAAAAAAGACAAGGAGCUGUCAGAAUUAAAAGUUAGUGCUGCAGAGAUCUCAAAGAUUAAAUCCGAACUGGAUCAAGCAAAUGCUACUGUUGCCAGCUUGGGUAAGUGCUGAUUGUAAUUUUACUAGUCAGUGGAUCCCCUUCCUGUGUCAUAGUCAAGCCUACCCCCAUAGAUCCCAUGAAUGAAUGGAUUAUUUGAAAAAUGACUCCAUUUGUUGUUGCUGCAACCUGUAUCAAAUUCAAAUGUGCUUUCCUGCAUGGGUAAGGUAGUCUGCUACACAGCCGUUUUUAGUGUUGUCAUGCAACGCUCCUCCCAACAACACUAAAAACAGCUGUGUAGCAGACUAUGGGUAAGGAGCAGUGAAUUUUUUUAGGAUAACCUUCCUGUAUUUGGUGGGGAUGAAAAAAUCUUAAUGGAUAAACUACCAACAGAUUCAAAAUGAAUUAAUGAACAAUAAAUUCAUUAAUGGAAUCUCAGUGGGUACGCUUGACCUGGCUUGUCUCUUAUUUAGGGUUAGGGCAAGGCUGUCACUAAGAAUUCAAGUUGUCAUGUAGAUACAAGAAGAUGGUGGGGAAUCAAACAUCUUGGGAUUUCUUUUGGUUUAUUUUUCUUCUGUUUUUCUAUGAAAGUAGCCAGAGAUCAUGUUCCUUGUAGCUGGGAGAAAUUCCUAGCCCCCUCCAAGAGUUUUGAUAGAUGCAAGCAAAUUCAUAGUAAAUGUUUGAGCAGUUUGACACUCUGCAUGCUUGAAACUACCAUGCAUUUACUAACAGUGCAUUCUUUUACAUUCACAGAGAAAAAGGCCAAACAAAGAGACCUGGAUAUGGAUUGCCAGCGUCACAAUUCAGAGGCUGUUAUCAAAGGGAUGGAAGAGAAAUUGAAGGAAAAGGAUAAGGAGCACAGGUGUGUUAAAAAGUUCCCUGAGUUGAUUGUUCUGUUCUGGACAGUAACCUUUACACAACAGCACAGCCUGCAAGCAGAUGUUCUUAGCGCUUCUUCCAUGAUUGCUGUCCCCCCCCCCCCCUCAACAUGGAGAGGAAUGCAUGACGAAGCUUUAAGAUUGUUAUUCUGAGAAAACAGCUGACCUUUGCUGAUGCCUCCCCUACUUUCCCCAAGAAAUGACGUCUGAGCAGCGAUAGCAGAAAUUCCAUACUGAUGACAGAUUUGGGUAGUGUUUCUGAUUGGCUGAAGCAAGGUUGAAGCAUAUUUUCAACCAAUCAGUAGCACUACCCAGAUCUGUGUAGUGCUGCAUUAUCAGUAUGGAAUUUCUAUGCUCUUUUCUCAGGCUAUAAGGUUGUCUGCAACAUUUGGCAUCCUUUGUAUACUGGUAGGGUUGCAAGCUGAAUCACAAUGAAGAAAUAAAAAAGAAAUCCACUGUGUUUGCAAUGUAGAUCUAGGUGAUGAUCACACUGACAGGAUUUCUGUUGUAAUUUUCUUGUGCUAAAUGGUGUUAACCCCUUAAGAAGGGACCACACCUAUAGUAAUGACAGCCCCUCUGUCACCUACAAGAAUCUAUAUAAAAAAACCUGCAUUGAGUAGAUAUCCAAUAUAUAUUAGAACUGUCUCGGUGAUAUGUAGAUUCUUAUCUGGUGGUUUCACUGCAGACCUCCACAUAGCUCCAUUGCUUAAAACAUUCAACCAAGGUCGUGGAGGUCGUUUCCCACUUAGUUUUUGGGACACAUGUUGUUUUGAGUUGGUGCUUGUCGUAUCCUGAACACUAUAGGCAAAGUUAUACUCCUUAUUUCUUCUUGGUCAGUGCUUUAAUGGGGAGGCAGUGUGGCCUAGUGGUUAGAGCAUUGGACUUGCAAUUUGGCAGUCCCGCUCUGGGCUGGGUCGUUAAAAGGUGGGUUAAGAUAACCUAGGGUUAGUGCGAAAUUUGAACUCAGAUAUGACAGCAUAAAAAGCAAAUUCAGUUUAAUUCUCUUUGCCUACAAUUUGAUGAUUGGAUACUCUAAAAAAAUGUAGAAAAUCAUCUGAAAGAGUACUUUUGUUGAGAAGAAAAAGAAGCCCUGGUUAAAAUUUAACCCUGGGUUAGCACUAACCGGCGUUUGAACAAUUGGGCCCUGGCCGCUAGCUAGAUUUCCUCACGGUAGUCCCAAGUUCAAAUCCUCAGCCACGCUUGUAAAUAGCCAGCCGGGAUGCUUCCGGCCAGUUGCGAUUCUUAACCCUGUUAAGUUCAAUUUGAAUUAUUUGUUUCAGGCAUUUGCUCGCCCCCACUAGCAUUAGUGCUAUAAAUACUCCCAAGGGUAAAUAACGGAAUUAUUUAUUUAUUUAUUUAUUUAUUUAUUAUAUUUACAUUGUGCCUAUUGAUCUGUUACAGGGAGGAAAUUAACUCACAGCUACAAACUAUCACUGCUAUGGAAAAGCAGUGCAACGAUCUGGAAAAGAAGUCAAGCACUUUACAAAACAAACUUGAUAACAGCCAGAAGCUAAUUGAAUCGAAGGAACACGAUAUUACAAGGUUGAAAACAAGUCUCUCUGAAGCUGAAAAAGCAAGAAAACAGCAGAGUUCCCAUUUGGACAACAGGUUUACAGAACUAGAAAAGAAAAUGAAAGAAGAACAGCAAAAAUGUGCAGAGGUAAAGAGGGAAUUUGAGGGAGCGAAAACAGCUCUAACAGAAAAGGAAAAUAAAGUUGCUGAAUUGAAUAAACGUAUAGAGCAGCUGAGUCACACUGUUCAAGAGAAAGAAAGAGAUUUGAGUUUAAAGGGAAAAGAAAUGCAAGAUUCCCAGAGUGAAGAUAAAAAGAGGCUGACGUCAGCACUCGAAAACGUUGCUUUGUUACAACGCGAGAAAGCUGAGUUGGAAGGUGAACACCGGAAGGAACUAGCGAGAGUAUCGGAAGAAGCUGGUGCGACUGUGAAGGAACUUCAGUUGGAAAAACAAGAAGUGUCCAAGCUAAAAGAAAGGACGGUACACUUGGAGAAUGUCAUUAAUGACAAGGAAAAGCAGAGUAAGUUGGCCGAGGAAUCUCGUCAGACUUUGUGUGAGAAGUUGGGGGCCGUAGAGCUAGAACUGACCAAAAAAGAUGAGGCAUGGGAGAAGGAAAAGGCUGCAAUGGCCAACAAAGAAAGAUCUCUACAGAGUGCUCUUGAAGCCAUGAAGAACGAUUCCAAAGCAAUGCAGCACGACUACAAGAAAGCUUGUGAGCUGGCGGAUAUGAAAUCUGCGGAGGCAACCGAUGUGAUUGAUAAGUUGGAAUCCUCGCAGAAGCACGUGUAUGAACUACAACAAAGAGUGACUCGAACUGAAGCAGUUCUUAAAGAGAAAGAAAAUGCUAUGAACAUUCUGAACCGAGAAAAGGAAGAAUUGUUAAAGGAGCAGCGCACCAAAGAGGAAGAGGCAGAGAAAAAGAACGCUGAACUUAACCAGUUGUGCGCAGAUCGCAAAACAGAAGUGGAGAAGUUAAAGGAAGUAGUUGAGUCUAUGAACAUGAAGCUUGAUACAGCUAAGGCAGAAUACGCAGAGAAAGAAAAGGAGGCGAAAGAUUUAGCAGCAAAGUUGGAAACUAUUCAAUUACAAUGCGAGAAUUUGGAGAAUUCUGUGCAAUGUCUACAGGAGAAGUUAACAAACAGCAAGGAAAUUGUACAGCAGAAAGAAGCUUGCGUUAAGGAAGUCUCUGCUGAGUUGGAAUCCAAGGAAAGGGCGUUGUGCGAGGCGCAAGGAAAACUUACAGAGGCUUCGUCGACUCUUAACAAACUUGAGCAAACGUGCAGCUCUCUUGAAAUGCAACGAGAGGAAAAUCUGAAACUUAUCAAGAACAAAGAUGAUGAAAUCAGUUCGUUAGUGAAGGAUGUUGAUGAGAUUAGAGGUGUCACUGAUAAGAAACUUGCUGAAAUGAAUGAGCAGUGCAAUGCCACAAGGAAUGAGUUUGUGUUCUUACAAGAGAAAGCGGAAAACCUGGAGACGUUGCUUAGUAACAAAGAAUCAGAAUUGGCAGCUGUCAGUCAAGAGGUGACUAAGUUGAGUGAGGAAGUUGGGUCACUACAGCAAAGUCUCGAAACACAGGAGCAAAUUGCUAGCAAGAGUAAGCAAGAAAAUGAAAAGUUGGCUAGCGAUCUCGAGCAAACAUCUGCGGUUCUGAAAGCUCGAAAACUAGAGUUAGAAGAAACGUGCGAGAAACUGAAAAAUCUUGAAGCUGAGCAUCAGUCAGUUCAUGGAACUAAAGAUCUCGAACUGCAGGAAUUAAGGAGUGAGGUCGCAAGCGUAAGAGAAAAAUUUGAACAAGCAAAUUCCGUGGCAGAAAGCAAAACAGAAGAGUUGAAAACAACAAAGGAGCUUUUAGAUGCCGCGGAAGGAGAGAAGUCUGAGUUAAGCUCUAUGCUUGAUGAACUUUGCAAUACUAAUUUUAAACUGGAAGACCAACUUACAGAGAAAGCAACGCAGCUGGAUCAAAUGUCAAAGGUGAUAAAAGCCAAAGAUGAAGAGCUGUCGAGUAAGUGUACAGUCAUAAAGAACCUUGAAACAUCUGCCGAUGAUGAGAUGGUCAAGAUGAAAGAACAGUGUUCAUUACUGGAAAACGAACUCGCAGCAUCGCAGGAGAAAAGUACAAAGUUAGAGGCUUGUUCUCAAAACAAAGAUGGUGAGAUUAGUGAUGCUAAGAUCAAGAUUCAAGAACUGAAUGCUGAGGUCCGAAAGCUUCAAGAUGAUCUUGCUUCAAAGGUUGAGCUGAUCGAAGGCGUUGAAAAAGAAAAAGAAGUCCUAGCGGAAAAUCUUCAAUAUAAAACAACAGCAUUAGAGAACAAAGACCAAGAGUUGAAAGAGGUGUCAGAUAGUUUGGUGGAGCUGAAAAACAGUGGGCAGUCGUCACUCGAGGAAGCACUUGCCGAAGUCGAAAAUUUGAAGAAACAAGUUGCCUCUUUGUCAGAGAAGUUGGACCAAGUCAGUGUAGCGAGUGAAAUGAAAGACCAGGAUGUUGAAAGUAUGACUGAAUUACUUCAAACCGCAGAAGAAGAGAAGGCGAAGCUCGGUAAACGGUUUGAAGAACUGCGUGAGAAGAAUUGCGUUUGUGAAGAACAGAUUGCAGAUCUUCAGAAUAGAUUGACACAAGCAUCAGAAGUCAUUAAGACGAAAGAUGAAGAGGUUUUAACCCAACGUGCAAACAUCGAGAAUCUUGAAAAAGCAAGUGGGGAGGGCAUGGAAAAGUUAAAGGAGCAAUGUAGUGUUCUAGAAAACCAGGUGUCUGUAUUGGAAGAGAAGUGUGCCCUGUUAGAUGCUUGUACUCUGAGCAAAGAGGGUGAGAUCAGCAGUGCCCAAGCAAAGAUUCAAGAACUAAAUGCUGAGAUAAGGAAACUUCAGGAUGAUCUUACGUCUAAGAUGGGUCUGAUUGAAGAAACCGAGAAAGAAAAGAUGGUGCUGGCGGAAAAUCUUCAGUAUAAAACAACAGCCCUUGAAAAUAAAGAAAAGGAGCUUGAAGACAUGGCGGAUUGUUUCAAGGAGCUGAAAACAAAUGGGCAGUCAUCAUUUGAAUUGAAACUGAAAGAAGUAGAACAUUUGAAAGAGGAAUUCACAUCUUUGACCGAAAAGUUUGAUCGAGUCAGUGUCGCCAGUGAAAUGAAAGAUCAAGAUGUCGAAAGAAUGACUACGUUACUUAAAACAGCACAGGAAGACAAUACAAGGCUGAGUGCACAGGUUGGGGAACUUUGCGAGAAGAACGUGUUGUUGGAAAGUCAAAUUGAAGAUGUGAAGCAGAAGUUUGAAAAGCAAGAAGCUGUUCUUGAAGAAAGGGGACGGAAAGUCACAGAAUUGUGUAAAAGUUUGGAGGAGGAAAAGCACAAAACACUUGAGUUGACAAAGAGUUACGAAAGUGAAAUAGAGCGGCUUAAAGGUGAAGUUUUGGUGGCGAAAGAACAACUGGAGAAACUCAGUGCUUUUGUCGAAGUCAAAGAUCAAGCUACAGAAUCAGCGCAGGAGCACUUGGAAGCUGUAUGCAAAGAGAAGGAUGGACUUCUAUCUAAGGUAGAUGAAAUGAGUAUGCAUUGUAAGGAUUUGGAACAAAAGAGAGAUGAAAUGGCUGUGAAGAUUGAACAGUUGUCAGACAUUUUGAAACGUAAAGAUGAAGAGCUGGCAGAGAAAUGUCAAUUUCUUGAUGAGAUUCUUCAGAAAGAGAACGAUGAGAGAGAGGCUGAACUGGAGGAAGAAAUCGCAUUGAAAGAGAAGGAAAUUGCGUCACUACAAGAAAAAUGUAUACAUCUGGAAACUAUUGUUCAGAGUACACAAGAUGCUGUCAUUGAAACGGAAGCUAAGCUAGGACGGUUCGAAGACGAACAUUGCGUAAUUCAAGACUUGCUUGCGAAAACCAAUGACCAGGUAAACAGGGGAAAAGAGGAAAAUGAUUCUUUGCUGGCGAGACUGGAACAGACUUCAGCAGCUCUUGAGAGCAAAGAAAAGGAAUUUAAAGAAUUAUCAGAGUCAUUUGAAACAACUAGAAACUUCCAGCGUGAGGAGUCGGAGAGGGUCUGCUUGCAAUCAGAAAGCCUUAAAGAACAAGUGUCGUCGCUGACGGAAAAACUGGAAAAACUCGCGGCGGUUGUUGAGACAAAGGAUCAAGAGAUAACUGCACUGAUUCAAGAACUUAAGUCUACGGCAGAAGAAAAGGCAGGAUUUGAGGGUAAAGUGGAUGAACUUAACAGCUUAAAUAAAACUUUGCAGGAGAAGAACACUGAUUUAGCAAACAAGUUAGAACAGCUCUCAGAGAUAUUGAGAAUCAACCAGGACGAGCUAGGCCAAAAGCGCUGCGCUAUUAAAGAGUUGGAAUCAGUUAAUGAUAGGGAGAUUACUGAACUAAAUGAACAAACUAAGGAGCUCAAGAAGCAAGUUUCGGAGUUGCGAGAAAAGUGUGGUCAUUUGGAAGCAUGCGUCGAAAGUAAGGAGUCAGAGUUGAAGGACUUGCGUUCCAUCGUGGAGACAUCUGAGAGCACUGCUACAGUGGAAGUCUCCUCGUUGAAAGAAGAUUUAGCGAAAAGGGAAGUUGAAUUGAAGAACAAAGCGUUCACAGAGCAAGAGCUUAGGAGCAAGCUUGCAAACAAAGAUCAACAGCUCGAAGACGCGAAAAAAGCUCUCAACAAGCUGGAUGAAGAUUUGCAACAGCUGUCGGUACAGAAAGAAAUGUUACAAAUGGAUCUGGAAGAGAAGAAUUCGUCUAUCGAGGCGCUGAACAAGCAAUUUGAGGAGCAAGGAUUGGUGGUAUUGGAACUGAGGAAGAAAAUUGGGGAUGUAGAGGAAAGAAACAAUUCUUUGAGAAAAGAACUCGAAGAUCUGAGUAGCCAACUAGAUGAGAGCUUGUCGAACGAGGAAAAGUCAGGAAGAAACAUUCAGUUACUGAACGAAAAAGUGGAAAAGAUGGAGGUGGUUGUGUCAGAGCAAAAGCAAAAACUUGUCGUCAAAGAGGAACAAAAUGAAUUCCUGAAAAAAGAGCUUGAAAAUGUCAAUAGUCGUCUCACUGAGAGUCUGUCAACGGAGGAAAAGAAGGAAAGUUGUGUUGAUGAACUACAGCAAAACAUCCAGGUUUUGGAAGCUCAGUUGUUGAAGGAGACGGAUAAAAGUGGGUCCUUGUCAGCAGACCUUGUCAAUGUGCAAUCAAAAAUGAACAGUGUUAUUGCAGCACUUGGGGAGAAAGAAAGUGAAAUUGCAGAUCUGAGAGAGAGUAAGUUGGCAAACGAAGAUAAAGUGUCAAAACUAACGAAACAACUUGACGACAAAGAAAAGACGCUUAAUGUUGCAGAGAGUGAGAAAAUGAAGCUAGAAACACAGUUGAAAAAUGCUGAGAUCAAAAUCGGGGAAAGCAUUAUGCAGGUCGAUAGAGAAAGAGAGUCUGUUGUCCUUGAAUGGAGCAGAAAGUUUCGAGAGAAAUCUGAAAAAUGUGUCUCGGCAACUGAACAGCUUCAGAAAAGCAAAGAAGAGGUCUUGCGGCUAAAAGAUAUGGUUGUACAUCUUGAGAAUGUCUCAUCUUCCAAAGACCAGGAAAAAUUGAAGAUGGAAAAGUCUUACGAAGCCUUCAGUGAGAAAAUGCAGGGGAGAGAAGAUGAGUUGUUGAAAGCCUGCAAGGAUCUCGAAGAAGAAAAAACAUCACUUCUUGAAAAGACCAGAGAUUGUCAAGCAACUAUGGAAGCUUUGAGACACGAAUGUAAAGUUCACCAGCAGGAAUGCAAAAAGGCGUGUGAACUUGCAGAUUGUAAGGCUCAAGAAUACAGAGACGUGGUUGACAAGUUAGACGAUUCACAGAAGCAUCUUCAAGACGCGCGCCACCAGCUCUCUCGAGCUGAAAGUGAGCUGAGGGAUUUCAAAGAGGAGUUGCAACAAGCGAGGUUAGAGAAGAGCGACUUCUUGGAAAAGAUAGAUGCGAAAAAUGAAGAGCAUGAGGCUAAAGUCAAAGAAUUGCAACAGGAGGUUUCCUCGAGUGAAGCAAAGAUUUCAAAACUUACUAGCCAACUAGAAAGUAGCGACGCCACGGCAAGGGUUGUCGAAUCAGAGAAGCGCGAGCUUGAAGAAAUAUUGACACGCACUCAAGAAGAACUUGGUAUAGCCACAGAAAAGUCAAAUACCUUUGCCAAUGAGAAAAAUGAAAGGGUAUUAAUGAUGAGAAGUGAUGAAGAAACUGAGAAGAUGAUCAGUCUUCUGAAAGAACAAGUUCAAUCUUUAGAAGUAAGCAGGGCUGAGCUUAAGUGUGAGUUAGAAAACGCGAAGGAUGAGACAAAUCGACUGAAGAACACUGCAAAUUGCUUGCAAGAACAGCAAACAUCUGCUAUGACAGAAAAAGAUUUAGAGCUUAAGCAAAUGAUGGAUGCAAUGAGAGACCAAGAGAAUCUCGCUAUGGAAAAGUUGGAGAAACUUCAAAAAGAGCUUGAUUCGCGGGAGACAAAAGCAAAAGAGAUGGAGGAAAGAAUUGACGAAACGCUGUUGGAGAGGCGUUCAUUAUCGUCAUCGCUUGAGGAAAAGACUGCUGAAUUGAUCCAGUUGAACAAUAAGAAUUUGGAGCUGGAGAAUGUGUGUGAAAAACUCAAGCAAGAAAAGGAGAACCUGGAGGAUAGAUUAGCUCUGCAGAGCAGUAAAUUAGAAGACAUGUCAAGUGAAAAAGCAAGGCUUUGUGAAGAAAUUCAAAAUAUUAAAGAUGAACUAGAGAUGACAAAGAGCCAUGCAGCUGAACAGAUGACAGAUAUUGAGGGCGUUCAAGAACAGGUGAGAAGUUGUUUUGUCUAUUUGUGUCCUUGACAAUAGAUCGUCUCUCUUAAGUUUGCUGUUAAGUAGAAGGACAGCCACGAUAAGGAAAACAGUCAGGUAAAAAUCUCAAGUCCUUUUAGUCAGUAAUAUAAUAGGUCAGAGGACAUUUUUUCAGGUUACCCCAGGGUUUCGAACAAAAUUUAUAUAAAAACACGUUUCAUCCAAAAAAAGAAAAAACAAUGUAGUUGAUCGAUUUUCGUUCUCCAAAUCUCUGAAAACAUUGAACAGACAGAAAUAAGCAAAAGAAUAUUAGCAAUCUGCAAGAAAGCUGAAAAGGGGUAAAUGUGAUGUCCGUGAAAAUUGUUUUGAGUUCAGAGAAAGUCAGGAAAUUUUCCUUGAUUAGUUACCCUAAGUGUUCCAUGAGAUAAAAAUUAAAAAAACAAAAAUUAAAAAAUUCAACCAGCCUCUUUUUAACCAUAGAUUUGACUGUUUCAGCUUGACGCAAAUAGAUUCCAACAUUCUCUGAUUGAAUACUAAUUUUGGUUCAAGCCAUUCUUUCAGGUGCAUAUGUUGUAGUUAGAAUUCUUUUAUCAAGGUAAACCAGAAUUUUCUUUGUCUACCAUAAAAAAUAAGGCAAGGUCUAGCUCGCCCCAGUCGUCUCUAUUUGGAUCGCACGCGUAACCGAGGGGAGCGCGAGGAGUGAUGGGAAGGAGGAAAACGAAAAGGAGUGUCGAUCAAUCACGUUUUCCCGCCAAAAUGACGCUGGUUCACGCGCGCGCACUACUUAGUACUGAGAAAGUCGCGCUCGUCUGAGAAUCUGAAGGUCUCUACUAGUAAGAGGAGACUGAGAGACGACUAGGGACGAGUUAGGGGCAAGGUAACAACUGAAAUAUUGAGAAUCAAACUAUGUUGAAUACUGAUUAAAACUUAGAACGAAUUUUACAUAUAGCACAUCCACUCAGAAACAAAGUUGUAUGGUUUAUUCUUAGAAAGAUAAAGAGCUGGAAAAACUGCAAAACCUGCUCAAUGCAAGAUGUUCUCAAGUUGAAAAGCUUCAAAACAAUCUUAACGAUCAGACUGAGAAGUUAGAAGCUCUCAAGAACCAAUUGCGCUCACUCACGGAAGAACUUAACUCCGUUCAGGCAGAGCAUGAACGCUGCCAGCAGAACGCAAAUGGGACCAGUAAUCUGCAAGAACAAGUUCUAGAGUUGGAGCAUUUACUGUCACGUGAAAAGUCAAAUACCGAGGUCAUGAUGCGCGCAUUUCAAGAACAAGAAGAACAGUGGGAAAAAGAACGAGUUAAGUUGCUAUCAGUGGCGAAGAAUGGCUCGGAGAGUGAACAGUCGUCAAUUUUUGCUGAGGAGAAUGCUCAGUUGAAGAGAAAACUGGAUGAGAUGAAAAAUGAAGUAAGCGUCAAAGAAAGGGAUUAUCUAGAAGCGUUGCGACAAACUGAGAAACGGGUUUCUUCUGCGACAAACCAGAAAACAGACUUUCAAAGCAAAAUAAGAGAACUUGAAUCUCAGUGCGAGGAGUUGAAGUACAGCUUGAAGCAGAAAGAUGAAGAAAUCUUUGUAAAGGAAGAGAGUUUGAAGCAAAGCAAACAGGAAGUGGCCAACCUUGAGGCCAAGUACGCCGCGGCAGGGGACGUGGAACGUGAGUUGCGGCAUCAUCUUGGUGAAGUCACCCAGCAGCUGGAGUGGAGCAAGGAGGUGAAAUCUGGGGAGACAGAGGGCAACAACGAACAUUUGGAAGCCUCUAAAGAAACAUUGACACAAGCACUGAGUGAAGCAGAAAAAGAGGUAUAAACUAAUGUAUUACUUAGAUCAUGAGAAUAAUUUAGAUAACUUAAAAAACGUGAAACUUCACACAUGGUGGUGGUGGUGGUGGUGGUAUUGAUGAUGCUGAUGAUCAUUAUGACUGUGAUGCAGUGAUGAUGAUGAUGAUGAUGAUGAUGAUGAUGAUGAUGAUGAUGAUGAUGAUGAUGAUGAUGACGAAGAUGAUAAGGAGAUGAUGGUAAACAACAUUGCUGUGAAUGAAUGAUUGCAGUUUAAACAAUCUCCACUGCAUGUGCACUGUACCACAGGGCAGUCCUUCAUUAUGAAUGAUCAUACUCUGGCAGACGUUAGCACCACCUUGUACAACAUAAUAAACAGUACGACAGGAAAGUUCUACUCAGUAGCUUUCAUUUGAAUGGUAACACUUGAGGAUUUCAUCCACAGACUCAAA